AUGAGCUCUAAGCUCGUUAGCUCCUGUUUCGCAGAAACGCGAGUCGCGCCAAUAAACCCAACUACUUGGUCAUGGAUUUCAGACUUGGUGGGCUUCGAAUGCUCUGCUGACGAGGUCGCGGAUGCCGAUGCACCGGUGUUGGUCGCUGAGGGGCAGCUGCCUGAGGACCAGGUUGAAGGAGCCAAAGACGAGAAAGUGCUGCAGGCGGAUGUUGACGACGUAGCGACACUAGGAAGCGAUGACCAGAGACUCGUAGCAGCUGAGGAUGAUGGGCUAGUGCUUGUCUGGAGCGUUGUUGGCCAGGUCGAUGCGAGAGCAAAGGUACUGCUCACGAAGCCCGCUUCCAAGAAGAAGGAGAAGGUGGUACUCAGUCUCAUCUUGUUUCUUGUUUUCAAUGCUCCGUCUAGAUUGCGCUCUCGAGAAUGUAUGGGUGUAAGAGCCAGCCGUGCCAGCAUUUAUGCGGCGACAUGA